AUGUCGCUGCGGAUCAACAUCCCGCCCGCUACGCGCAUCUUCCUCGUCAGUCUGCUAACCUUGUCCCUCCUUUACAACAUCGCCCGCUGGCGACAGCUCGACUCCAGCACCACCUCAUCUCCCAUCGUGCCGUACCUGACUCUCGUCCCCUCGCUCUUCUACUACUACCCGUGGACAUUAUGUACGGCAACCUUCGUUGAGCAAAAUAUCUUUACCGUGCUCUUGAAUGCGGCCACCAUCUUCUAUGGCGGGAAAUACCUCGAGCGCGCGUGGGGUUCGCGCGAGUUCAGCAAGUUCAUCGCGAUCAUCGCAGUCCUCCCGAAUGUGCUGAUCAUCCCCAUCUACUUGAUCUGGGGUACCACCGGAGGGUCCACAAGUAGAGCUCUUACUCAGAUCUGCGGUGGCAUCUCCAUCCAGGCCUCUUUCCUCGUUGCCUUCAAGCAACUCGUCCCCGAACACACCGUGGCCCUGUUCAAGGGUUUGGUCAAGAUGCGGGUGAAGCAUUUCCCAGCCCUUUUCUUGCUCCUCAAUACCGUCAGCGGCCUCAUUUUCGGGACGGACACCGCCACCAUCCUGGCGUGGAUCGGUCUCCUGACCAGCUGGACGUAUCUGCGGUUCUACAAGUACCAGCCCGACCUUACCGGCACGUCGACUAGUGCUCUUGGAAUUAAGGGAGAUGCCAGUGAGACCUUUGCGUUCGCCUGUCUCUUCCCCGAUGUGAUGCAGCCCCCGAUUGCCUUCGUCGCCGACCAGAUCUACGCGCUGCUCGUGACGCUCAGGAUCUUGGCCCCAUUCUCCGCCGCCGACAUUGCCUCGGGGAACCAGCAAGUCCUGGCCCGAGGAGAGGCCGGCUUGCCCACUCUUCUAAACAACCAGCGUGACGGAGCGUCAAGGGGCAAGCGGGAAGAAGCGGAGCGCCGACGCGCCCUGGCGCUCAAGGCUUUGGACCAGCGAUUGCAGGCCGCUGCUGUGGGAAGAGCCCAAGCCCAACCCCCUUCAUUGCUUGAACCUUCUGCACCGGUUCAACCGCGUUCAACCACACCGACCCCACAAGUCGCACCGGGACAGAGUAUGCUAGGAGAGACCAGCUACACCCCGGACAAUGCAUGA